CUAACCCCUCGUCUCCUCUCCUCUAGGCACCAAGGUGGUGGCUCGCUGUCUGAAGCUAAUCAAACCCUACGUGAGGAAGGAGGUGGUCGAGGCUGAGGAUGACGAUGAUAACGACGACGAUGAUGGGGGAGGAGCAAAUAGGAAGACCGUCCCCACAGAGGGGCGGAUCAUGGAGAGAGACCUCCUCUCACAGGCCUAUGGGAUCAUCGUGUCCUGCGGGACCAAGGGCAUCUCUCAGAGUGCACUGCGCGCGAGGAUGUGCAUCGGCAAUCUGGAGUCUCGUAUGAUCUGCCGACUGCUGGAGAGGACAGACAUGAUCAAGGGGUUCAUGGAAGACGAGGGUCGUCAGAGGACCACUAAGUACCUCGGACAUAUGCAUGUCGAUGAGUCCGAUCUGCUUCAACAUCUAGUUAAAGAGCAGGAGCGAUCAGACAGGCUUCGCGCUGGAGGGGGAGGAGGGGAAGGAGAGGGGGUCCCCAAAACCCCAGCACAGCCCACCGCAAAAACACCAGCUACCCCAAAGACUCUGCCUACCCCAAAAACACCAGCUACCCCAAAGACUCUGCCUACCCCAAAAACACCAGCUACCCCAAAGACUCGGCCUACCCCAAAAACACCAUCGCUUCUGGAACCUCUGGGAGACACUGAGGGAGAGGAGGAGGAGGAGAGAGAGAGGGAUGAGGAAGACCAAGACUGGGAAGUCAAGAAGAAAGGGAAGAAGGGAGCGAAGAAGAAAAAUGCAAAAGAAAAGAAAGUGGGCAAGAAGUCUCUCCUGAAGCAGUCCGAACUCAACUUCCUGUUA